AAUCACAAAAGACUGAUCCCAAAUCCAAAUGCAAGAAAGUAUCCAAAGCAGCCGCCAAAAAUGAAUUAAUUGAAUAUAAUGUUGCUAAGGAAUGCAUUGAGAGCUUUCCUUUUGAUGCUAAAUUCGCUAACGAUACGAUUGACGCUGUAUCACACUUCAUGUCAAAUUAUUAUGCUUUCUUUGACGAGGCCAAUGAAGAUCCACCAAAGGGAUUUACUUAUCAACGCGGUUUUGUUUAUGAUCAAAAUUUAACUUUAUACUCUGUAGUUACGACCGAUAAAGAAAAAAAGAAAAAACAAGUUUUAGAUGAUAAAUUAGACCCAUCAAAUAAUGACUGUGAAGUUACCGAAAUUGAUGGAAAACCUGCAAUACAAGCAAUAAUUGAAUUUGCAAAUAAUAGUAUUUCAUAUUCAAAAGAUUUGGGAGUCCGAUUCAACAUGGCUUUAUCUCCUAGUUCGGGAUUUUUUUCACAACAAUUUACUUUGCGAAAUGAUUUUCCUGAAACUCCUAGUAUUACAUAUAAUUUAAAAUGUCCGAAAAAAAAAUCAUUUAAAUUAAAAAGAGAAUGGGCUAUUGUAUACGAUAGUGCUUUUUUUGAUAACUUUUGCUUACGAAAUACUUCUACUUCAAGUAGCAAUGGUACAAAAUUAACUUCACGAGAUAAAGUUACAGAAUCAACUUCAAAUAAAAAAUAUAAAGUGUCGGCAUCAAGGAAUAAAAAUAAUAAAAAGUCACAAUUUAAACAUGCGAAAAAUGUAACUGAAGAUUUUUACUUAGUAAAUAAUGGAACAGUUGGUGUCGCAGUAAUUACUCAGGAAAACGAAAAAUCUAAUAUAUUUCUAGCAGAUGGUCUUGAUAAAUUAAAUAAACUAGGUGCAAAAAAGCUUAUUUUGGAUAUGUCAAAUAAUAUUGGUGGAGACGUUUCUGUAGCCAUAUUUACAAAUUUAUUAUUAUUUCGAUCACAAGAACAACCAAACAUUUUUCCAACAAGUAUAAAGAUUAAUAAUUAUACUAUUCCAGUAAUAGAAGAGAAAUUUAAGACACAUUCUGAUGAUUUUGAUGUCUAUAAUCCAUAUUCUUAUUUGUCAUUUCCUUCUGGCGAACCCUUUAAGAAUGCUAAUGAUUUCAUAGGAUCUCGAACAAAUCUAUCCUCUAGCUUGCACCUUGAUAUUUUAUCACCUAAUGAUAAGAAAUUACUCAAUAGUACAUCACCAUUUCGAUGGACUAGUAAAGAUAUCAUCAUCUUAACUAAUGGAUUUUGUAUAUCUACAUGUGCAUUAAUAACUUCAUUUCUUUCUAAAUUCCAUAACGUAAAAACAAUUUCCGUUGGUGGGCUUCUUGACACACCGAUGUCAUUUUCCACUUUUCCUGGUGGCUAUGCUACAUCUGAAAAUGUGAUUGCAGGUUCAGCUGGUGAUACUAAAUUUUUCGACCUUCCGAAAGAAAUGAACACACUUUUUUUUGCUGUUAUUAAAGCUCAUGAUUUUGACAAAAAUAGUAAUACCGCAACAGGUGUAUUAGAAUAUUUAUUUAAACCUGCUGAUUAUAGACUUUAUUAUAAUGAGAGUAAUGCUAGGGAUCCUAGCUUCUUAUGGGUCGAUGCUGCCAAUAUUUUAAACAAGAAAAAUUAG